AUGGCUGCCACCGUGGUUUCAAGCAACAAAAGCUUCAAAGGACGUCAAUAUGUCUACAAGCACACCAGGUAAAUCAUUUUCAGCGAAAUGAAAACAGACAAACAAUUUUUCAGUUCAACUGUGAACUGCGACAUGACGUUCGGAGUAUACGUGCCAGAGCACACGGAGGGCGAAAAGUUGCCCACGCUCCUCUAUUUGUCCGGACUCACGUGCACCCACGCCAACUUUAUGGAGAAGUCCGGCUUCCAGCAGUUCGCUUCCAAACAUCGAUUCGUCGUUGUUCAUCCAGACACUUCUCCGCGCGGAGUCGACAUCGAGGGAGAUUCGGAGAGCUGGGAUUUCGGAAAGGGCGCCGGAUUCUAUGUGAAUGCUACCGAGGCGAAAUGGGCAAAACACUAUCGGAUGUACGAUUACGUUUCGAAGGAAUUGCUCGAGGUGGCGGCGACUGUGGCGCCGAUUGAUGCCGGAAAAAUUGGUAGAUUAUAUUCAACUAAAAGUGAAUGUGACCUCCUUUGCAGGUAUCUUCGGCCACUCAAUGGGCGGUCAUGGCGCUCUUGUCAUCGGACUGCGCAACCCGGAAAAGUUCCAAUCAAUCUCCGCGUUCGCUCCGAUCUCCCAUCCGAUCACUGUUCCUUGGGGCCAAAAGGCUCUCACUGGCUACCUGGGAGCUGAUGAAUCCACGUGGACAGUAUACGACGCAUCGGAAGUGCUCAAAAAUUACAGAGGACCGAAGCGAGUUAUUCUGGUGGAUCAAGGAGCCGCCGACAACUUUCUUGCUCAACUGAGACCCGAAACUUUGGUUUCGACUGCGAAAGCGAGCGUUACCGUUCGAAUGCAGCCGGAAUUCGACCAUUCCUACUACUUCAUCUCCAGCUUCAUCGGAGACCACUUUGAUCAUCACGCCAAGACCCUGACGGCACUAUAA